UUUGUGAUUUUGUUUCUUCAGGAGUUGUUACCAGCGUCUCUCGUUCGUGAUGUUAGCGGCUAUUUUGUAUAUACUGUCGCUAUUUACUGUCUCUGUGCUUGCGCUUCCAGCUGAGCUAGAUGUCAACAUUGUUGAUCUGGGUUACUCUUCGUAUCAAGGGACCUCUCUCGAGAAUGGUGUAUCGCGGUGGCUCGGCAUACGAUAUGCAGCACCUCCAGUAGGAGACUUGCGAUUUAGAGCGCCCAGAGAUCCCCUUAAGACCACAACUUUACAAAAGGCAGACGCAUUUGGCGAUGUAUGCAUCUCGACGACUGCACCUCCCAAUACCCCCGGGUACUCAGAAGACUGCCUCUUUCUAGACGUGUACGCCCCUACAAACGCCAAACAAGGGGAACCACUGCCGGUUUUUAUUUAUAUCCAAGGUGGUGGUUUCAAUUCGAAUUCCAAUCCUAACUAUAGUGGCGUGGGUCUUGUCAAAGCCUCCGACAAGAAUAUUAUCGUCAUCACUUUUAAUUAUCGCGUUGGCCCCUACGGAUUUUUGGCUAGUGAUGAAAUUAGAAAAGAAGGCGAUUUUAAUGUUGGAUUGAAAGACCAGAGGAAGGUGUUUGAGUGGGUGCAAAGACAUAUUAGCAACUUUGGUGGAGCAACUAAACAUGUCACGCUCGGAGGAAGCAGUGCCGGGGCAGCAUCUAUCAACCUUCAUUUGACUGCAUAUGGCGGUCGUGAUGAUAACCUGUUCCAUGCUACGGCUGCGGAGAGUCCGUCUUUCGGAGUCCAGUUUACGGUUAAAGAGAGCCAAUACCAAUACGAUGCUCUAGUUGAACGUGCUGGUUGCAAGUCGGCGUCUGACACUUUGGCUUGUUUACGAAAGGUCUCGGAAAGAGAUUUGCAGGCUGUAAAUUUCAAUAUUCCAACACCAGGGGGGACGGACGAUCUUCCGCUCUUCAUGUACUCAAACGUUGUUGAUGGAGAUAUCACAACCGAUUUUACCUAUAAUCUUUUUGGACAAGGAAAAUUCAUCAAAGUCCCCGUAAUUUUCGGUGAUGAUACGAACGGAGGUACAAUCUUCGGCCCUAUGUCGGCCGACACCGUAGCCGCGAUGAACUACUUUCUCCGCACACAAUUCCCCCUACUUACAAAGGAGCAUCUCGCGCGCAUCGAUGAGUUCUAUCUACAGGGCAUGAAAUACCCAGGUGCUGGUCGCUACUGGCAGUCUACCUCCGACGCCUACGGCCACAUGCGAUACAUGUGUCCCGCAAUGUACCUCAGCGCCGUGUACGCCAAGAAAUCGAUCCCUAGCUGGAACUACCGCUACAACGUUGAAGACCCUGUCAGCAAAGCCAACGGCCUUGGCGUCUCGCACACGGUUGAGGUGAAUGCGAUUUUUGGGCCCGAAUAUUCGCGCGGCGUGGCGCCGGCAUCGUACUACUCGAUAAACAGAAAUGCUGUUCCCUUGAUGCAGGGAUACUGGACAAGCUUUAUCCGGACCUACGACCCGAAUGUGUUUCGGAUGGAGGGGAGCCCAAGGUGGGAACAGUGGGGCGGGGGGGAGGGGAUGAAUCGGAUUCGGCUUGAGACUAAUACUACGGCGAUGGAGGUUGUGAAUACGCACAUGCAGGCGAGGUGUGAGUUUUUCAGUAGGAUUGGCCCGUCGAUACACCAGUGA